CAGCAGCAGACUUCGGUCCGCGUCUUUCGCGUCCGCGUUUUGCCUCCCCAGUAUGGUGGAACCAGGUAUCUCGGACCUUGAGGAAGGUCGUUUGAAUGUGGAGACACUGUGGAGUGAACGGCUGACAUCUGUGCAUCGUCAGUUGGAAGAGAUCUUGGGCGAGUUGCACAGGCAGCUGUGCGCCGACCAUCAUACGGCGAUCCAAGCGCUGAGGGAUGGACAGGCCACCGAGUCCCGCGCUGCACCCGGGCAGCUCCGCUUCGCCCAGAGCCACCAGGAGUCGAGCUCCGGCAGUCUUCGAGGUCGAGUCAUUCUCAAGAGGGCUCGCAGUGGAGGCAGCAAGAGUGCGAUUGGUCGAAGCAGUGAAAGUCUUCAAAAGGACGACAUGGACGGGAGCAGUCUUCUCAGCAUUGGGAUCCGUCCCUCCAUGCAGAUUGGGCAGAAUUUGAUCCAUCCGUGGCCCGUGUGGAAGGAGUCCAAGUCCCAUAGCGUUGAUGUGGUGCGGAACAUGGCGCAGGAGAAGUCGAAGGCGACGGUGGAGACACAUCAGCUCUUGCAACAGAAUUCGAUGACCUUCGUCACCGCCGCGAAAGCCUGGACGAUCAGGCCCUCAAGCUUUACCUUCCUCUUUUGGAACCUCAUUUUCUUGAUAGUGCUCUUCUAUGACUGCGUGAGCUUUCCUUUGUCGGCCUUUCGCAUCGAGCACCUGUUCCUGACGCCCAACGUCGUUGCCGCCACGUUUUGGACCUUCGACUUCAUCCUCUCCUUUUUUGUCGGGUACGAUACAGCAGAUGGCGUGAUUGAGACGCAGCUUUCGAAGACCGCAGCUCGUUAUGCGCGGACUUGGAUGCUGCCAGACUUGAUUGUCAUCGUGGUGGAUUGGGUCAUGCUCUACCUCGCCCUGGCCGAGAAUGACAGCAGCUCAAACCCAGCAGGCUUCGCGCGGAUUGGCAAGUCGGUGCGCUACAUGAGGAUCAUGCGUGUGAUGCGGCUCUUGCGUCUUCGAAAGAUCCAAGAGGCAAUGCAUCAAGCUGAUGAGUUCAUCAACAUGCAAUACUUCAGCAUCAUUCAGAAGCUAAUUAUGAACAUGGUGUGGAUCCUGCUCUUGUCGCACUUCAUCGGCUGUGGAUGGUACGCGAUUGGCAUGGAGGGCUUUGAUCCGCAGGAUUGGAUCUCGGCCAAUGGCAUCUCCGAUCGCAGCUUGGAGUACAGGUAUUUGACCGCUUUACAUUGGUCUAUCACCCAGUUUACUCCUGGGUCGAUGAACAUCCAGCCAGUGAAUAGUAUUGAGCGGCUUUACAGCGUGGUAGUCUUAGUACUCGGCAUGGUGGUGUUCUCCUCCACUGUGAGCUCAAUUACGGCGGCAAUCAACAAUCUCAAGGACAUCAACGCGGUCUACAAGCAUCAGAUUUGGACCUUGCGGCGCUACUUCCGAGAGCAAGGCAUCUCAGCCACGCUGACCCACAGGGUGCUGAGAUACACUGAGACCAUGAUCAAGCCUAAGUACCAAAAGGUCGAUGUCGAAAAGGUUCACAUCAUGACGAUGCUCCCGCAGAUGUUGACGAAGGAAGUGAACUUGGAGAUCUACCAAAAACAUUUGGUGGUGCAUCCGUUGUUCGAUGCCUUACGCGAUGUGAACAUCACCUUCAUGCAAAAGUUGUGCUCGUGCGCCCUGAAGGAAUCCGUCCUGGAGAAGGGCGAGAUGAUGUUCAGUCCUGGGCAGGUUUGCAACAGCAUGUUCUUCGUUUCGCAUGGCACCCUGGACUACUGGAUAUGGCAGGAAGCCCGGCCUGAGAAGCUGGAGCGAAAGACCUCCUUCUGCGAGGCGGUGCUUUGGACGCCAUGGAUCCAUCAGGGGAGGAUGUACGCUCGGACAGAGUCCACCAUCAUUGCUUUGGACGCCAUGCAGUUCCACUCGGUGGCGGAGUCCUUCAGCGCGCACAUGGAGCUUCUGAGGACCUACGCUGAAGAGUUUGUCCACGCCAUGAAUGAGCUGGCUGGAAACUUCACAGAUGAUGAGGAAGACGAUGCCGAACUUUCGGACCUCUUCUAUUCCAUGCAGGCCAUUGAAACGCUUCCAGGAAAUCGAUCCUUCGCAGAGGGGGCAGCCACGAAUUCUCGCUACUUCAAGAAGAAGGUCAGAAAGCUAAUUAGUCCACCCGUGAGUCCUACCUUGCUGCUCUCAGCCUUUCAGGAGAUGAGCACUGAUGGGCUCAACAACUCCUUGGACGAGGUCGCCGAGGACGAGGACAUCGUAAGUGACAAGGCAUGACACUUGGAUUCCGAAGCCAGAUGGUCCAUGUGAUGUGUGAAAGAGAUCCAC